CCCACCCUGCUCCCUCUGGGUGUGAGGAGCCGGUCCUCCCUCCUCGCCUGGCACUCACCCUGCCGCUCCUGUCCUCCCUCUGCCUGCCUCUGUAUCCUUCCACGUCUUGCCUCUUUGAAGCAGCCUGGUUCCCAUGGAAACAGCAAUGUCAUUGGGAGAGUUGGAGCCUGGGAAUGUCCCCAAGGGCAGGAGAAAGUCACUCAACAAAAGGACCAAACCCACCCGAGGGGCGAUUCUCACGAUGCUCUCCGGGCAGUUCUCACGGUGACAGGACCCAGGCUCGGGGGGCAGAGCGUUGGGGGCCGCAGAGAUGGGAGCGGGCGCGCCUCGUCUGGGUCUGGUUCGCCGCAUGACCCGGGGGGACUGCACAGCAACAAGCAGGCUGCAUGUGUGGGGCGUUCAUCUUGUGUUCCAUCUUCUUUCAUCCGGAGCCCAGGGCUGGGGGUGGGGCAGCUGAGAGCCCUGCCUGCGAGGGAAAGCCAGGCUUCCCUUUGCUCCUGGCCACCCCUCAGCCAGUGACUGGCCAGUGCGUUCGGUACCUCAGGCCCUGGCUACCUUGAUGUCAUGGACCCCAGAGCGGCCCGACCCACUGCUUGGGUGGCUAUGGCCGGGCCAGGAAUCUCAGCUACGAGGUCUGCCCGGCGUGGGGCAGCCCGGCUCCCGGGCGUCCUCGGACCAGGCGGGGAGGUAAGUGCGGGUCACAGACCAGGCCUCGCCGAGGCAGGGCCGCCCGCCCACCACCUGGCCUCGCCCUGUUUGCUGCUGCAGGUGCAACACCCAGGACUACAUCUGGCACAAGGGGACGCGCUGCGAGUCCAUCGUCACCGACUUCCAGGUGAUGUGCGUGGCCGUGGGCGCGGCCGCCCUGGUGCUGCUCCUGCUCUUCAUGGUGACCGUGUUCUUUGCCAAGAAGCUGUACCUGCUCAAGACGGAGAACACCAAGCUGCGCAGGACCCACAAAUUCCGGACGCCGUCUGAACUCCACAACGACAACUUCUCCCUCUCCACCAUUGCCGAGGGCUCGCACCCAAACGACGACCCCAGCGCCCCCCACAAAAUCCAGGAGGUCCUCAAGUCCUGCCUGAAAGAGGAGGAGCCCUUCAACAUCCAGAACUCGCUGUCGCCCAAGCUCGAGGGCCGCGGGGACCCGGCGGAGCUGGAGGCGAACUGUCUUCAGAACAACUUGACCUGAGGAGCGAGGGGCGAGGAGAGGGGGCGGGCGGGGAGGAGGUCAGGGUCGCUCGGGGAGGGGGCAGGUCGCUCCUUGUAGCUGUCGGUCCAGCUUUUCCUUUUCUGUCUCAUGGCAUGCUUCGUGUGUGUUGCACGGGAGGGAGACACAGUCAGCCAGGAGCCGAGCAGAAUCGCGUCCCUGGGUGGUUGUCUGUGCGUCUGUCUGUCCAUCGCUUCUGCUGCUGUGGUUUCUAAGCCUCUGCUGUUAUUCAACUGACUUUUUCUUUUUGUACUUGGAUCCACCUUUUUUUGAAAUACCAGUAAAAACAACAAAAGUUCUUGAAAUAAAACUUUUUA